GGGAGGUACCAAAGGGAGUGAGGCCGGAGGGGCCCGCAUCCUAACCUGCCCGUGGACUUUGCCAGUCCCGCUACGCGCCAGGCCGGACCCUAACCAGGCUCUCGCGCAGCCACCAGCCGGGCCUUCGGCGGCCUCUCCUGGCUCCGCGCGCCGGACCACACGCGGGGGACAGCAGAGGCGGCCUUGCAGGGGUUAGGGGGCAGGACUGACGCGGAUCCUUGGUUUUCCCAGUCUUCAGCCACCUGAGGCGGGGCUUGCCGCUUGGAAUCCGAGAAUGAAUUACACACGGUUCAUCACGGCUGCGAGCGCGGCCAGGAAGCCUUCUGCCAUUCGAGUCAUGACUGAGAUACUGGGCAAGUCAUCGAAAUCUGUCCUCUCCCUGGCGACUGGAGCACCAAACCCCAACACGUUCCCUUUCAAGACUGCGGUUAUCACCAUAGACAACGGAGAGACCAUCCAAUUUGAUGAAGAGAUGAUGAAGAGAGCACUGCAGUAUUCUCAGAGUGCUGGACUCCCAGAGCUGUUAUCCUGGCUGAAACAGUUACAAGUAAAAUUGCAUAAUCCUCCCACCAUCCAUUAUCCACCCAGCCAAGGACAAAUGGACAUGUGUGUCACAUGUGGCAGCCAAGAAGGUCUCUGUAAGGUAUUUGAAAUGAUCGUUAAUCCUGGAGAUAAUAUCCUCGUAAAUGAACCUAUUUAUUCAGGAACAAUUCAUGCUCUGCAACCUCUGGGCUGCAACAUGAUUAAUGUUUCCAGUGAUGAGCACGGGAUUAUUCCAGACUCCCUCAGAGAAAUACUUUCCAGAUGGAAACCAGAAGAUUCAAAGAACCCCGAGAAAAACACCCCCAAAUUUCUUUAUACUGUCCCAAAUGGCAACAACCCUGCCGGGAACUCAUUAACAACUAACCGCAAAAAGGAAAUCUAUGAGCUCGCAAGAAAAUAUGACUUCCUCAUCAUAGAAGACGAUCCUUACUAUUUUAUGCAGUUCAACAAGCCCUGGGCACCGACUUUUCUCUCCAUGGACGUUGAUGGGCGUGUCAUCCGAGCUGACUCCUUUUCCAAAGUCCUGUCCUCUGGGUUGCGAAUAGGGUUUAUAACUGGUCCAAAGCCCUUGAUCGAGAGAAUUGUUUUACACACAGAAGUUUCAACAGUGCACACCAGCACUUUCACCCAGCUCCUGGUAUCGCAGCUUCUCCACCAAUGGGGAGAAGAGGGCUUCCUGGCUCAUGUAGAGAGGAUUAUUGAUUUCUAUAGAAAGCAAAGGGAUGCAUUAUUGGCAGCCGCAGACAAGUGGUUAAGUGGUUUGGCAGAAUGGCAUGUUCCUACUGCUGGAAUGUUUUUAUGGGUUAAAAUUAAGGGCCUUCAUGAUGUAAGAAAACUGAUCGAAGAGAAAGCCUUUAAGAAAGAGAUAUUCAUGCUUCCUGGAUAUAACUUCUACCUUGAUAGUUCAGCUCCUUGCCCCUACUUCAGAGCAUCUUUCUCUUUAGCUUCUCCAGAGCAGAUGGACAUGGCCUUCCAGGGAUUAGCCCAAUUUAUAAAGGAAUCUUUAUGAAGAAAUCGAGCUCUUCAUAGCACUCACGGUUUUCAGAUAAAUUAUUUCUAUGUUUUAGCAGGAAGAAAUGAUUGUUGGUGUUAGACUUACAGAUUGGGUUUCACCAAACACGUCAUAUCUGUAGUAAUUUAACUAGACAACUUUUAAAGUGCCCUUGAACCCAUCAGAUUGCCAAAAUAUAUUUAUAAUCCACCUGUACAUGUUGAUAAAUUUUCAACCCCCGAAAAGUAUUUUUAUCCUGGAUUUUCUUGUAAAGAUUUUUGUAGUUGCUUUUUCAUUUCCCAUAAAUUUUCUUUGAAAAUAACAUUUUUACAGUAAAUUAUGUGUAAGCAAACAAUCAUGUUCAAAAUGGUAUGUAAUGUGAACUUUUCCUAUUUUGAAGAAAAUGUAAUGAGAGCUUGUUGCAAAAAUUGUUAGAAUUUGACUGUUAUACAUAAUUUUUAGUAAGAGUAUCACAGACAUUAUGUU